AUGUUGACGGCGGCACUGCGGUCAUCGAGAUCAUCAUCUCUCCUCCGCCGGUCAUGGCAGCGAGUUUUACCAGCCUCCCAACGCGGUCUCUGCUCUUCGUCAAUUGCGGCGGGAAGCAACGACGGCGGAGGCGAUAGGAGAAGCUUGCUGGAGCUCGGUGAGGUGGAGAAAAUCCUCACCGACGUGCGAGCCGACGACGUGAAGGUGAUACCGGUCGGGAAGCGCUGCGAUUGGGUCGAUUACAUGGUGAUCGCCACCGGAAGGUCCACAUGGCACGUCAAGAACAUCGCCGAAGCCCUCAUUUACAAGGCAAGGUUCGUGAAGCAGAAGCAGAAGGGAGUUGAGAGGAUGAUGCUUCCAAGCGUGGAAGGGCAAGAAGAAGGGAAGUGGAUCGUUGUUGAUUCGGGUAGGGUGAUUGUUCAUGCUCUUGAUGAGAAUGCUAGAGCUUACUACAAGUUGGAGAACCUCUGGAAUUCAGACCCAUCUCACAAGGAGCCCUCUCAGGAUCUAGCGAAAGCUUUCGUGAAGAUAAGACCGAAGAAUAAUUCGAAGAAGAGAGUGCAGACCAGUGCUUGAAUCUGGGUUUUCGUCUUCCACUCUUCCGGCAGUUGUUCUUUUGCACCAGAAUUGAACUGAGAAAGUGUCUGGGUUUCCUGGUUUGUAAAACUUCAGAUUCUUUGAGAUUUCGGUUUCGUCCUGUUCCAACGCAUUCCACCAGUUGUUGUGGUGUACUAUGAAAUAGCCCUUGGAUUGCCCAAAAUAACUCUCAUAAUCCGUUCCGCUCGCGGAUUAGGCCGUGCCACUGCCUGCAAUUUCUACUUGGGUAACAAAUUCAUUGAGCUUGUAGGUUUUAUUCCACUUUUAAAAAACCUUGGUGAUGAGGUGA